AUGUAUAUUCGUCAGUAUUGUAUUCGGGAGACUUGGGAGGAGGAGGUUAAGAAGAUCCCCAACGCUUCACUUCUAGAACAUGCACUUAAGAGGCGACAGAGCGUUGUGGAUCUCCUCCACGAAUAUCGCCCUCGUCUUUAUACCGACGAGAUAUCUCUGGAGGAUAGAGAAAAGGGGGUGGAGUUCCUGCAACAGCUGAACUUCCCUGGUGCGAUUGAAAGGUUUCUUGAGGUGACUGGCCAAGACCUGGUGGACUUCUUCCGCCUAGAAAUCGAGUGGGUGUUCAUCCAGGAGGUUAUCGACAAACAGCAGAUUAUGACUGCAGGUUAUCUGGGAUGGAUAGACCUGGAGAAGUAUCUGAAGAGUUUGUUGGUGAAAUCAUCAUCGUCUAUCCCAGUCCUUUCUUGCCACCCAUUUUUGGACACCAAAAAGGCCAAAGUUCCUGCUCAGCCAGUGGAAGACAACAGAGAAGACCCUCAUAGGACAGAAGAUGAGGGAGAAGCGUUGCCAAGUAAAGGGACACACUCUCUGGAAAAGGGAAAGGAACCCGCUGGGCCCGAGUCCAUGGAUGAGGAUCUAGAAAACAGCCCUCAUGUUCCAUAUCUCAUCCCAUAUCUCAUCCCAGGACCUCUUGGCGAGCGCCCACUACCAAUUCAGCGCAACGCGAUCAUAAUGGCGUCUCAAAGAAUGUUUCCGGACGCCUACAAGAAGAUACAAGGAUUCGCAACAUCAACUCUGUUGGAGCAAAAAAGAAGGCCAUUGGCAUCGCCAUCAGCGUACUGUCCCCAGGAGAUCCACUCUUAUGCGAAACAGCUUCUCAAAGGUAUUGUUGGUCGCAAGAUGGAGGCUCCUAUAGACGGAGAGGCAGUUGGAUACGAAGAUCAACCCAGACAGCGAUCGACAAGAGAGGAGAUGGGUGAGCCAUCCAGUCGAGGACAGGCUCAAAGUAGAAUGGCAGAGUGGUUUUCCCAUAGCCCACGAGACUUGGGACCUCAACGACAUACAAUGCGUCACUUUCGAGAUGCUGUCGUUUAUGAUCCAGUAUGGUUUGCUGCCUCUCCAAGCCCGGGCCUUGAGUCAGUCGAUAGUAACGAAACCGGACGAUGGCUUGACUAUGGGCACGAUCAUGGGCCGCAAGAUGGUGAAUUCAUAGGUGCUCCUCCUGGGUUAGUAUCAAACAUAUUCGCAAAACCCGUUGAACCAGUGAUACCUCUGCAUUUACUACACAAGCAGGAUGUCCCUAUUGCCGAAACCUCACAUCUCGACCAGCUUCGACAGAUGCUUGACACAAAGUACGGCAACAUCAUAAGCGACAAAAAGAAGAAGAAGAAAUCGUCAACUGGACAAGAGCUCGUCACCCGUCAUCGAGCAUCCUUGGAAGCAGAAGACCAUGAAGAUGACGAUGAAACCGAGGACGAGGACGCAAUGAACCUUCCUAUUGUUCUUCCCGAACCGGAGAAAGACGAAGAAUACGAUCCCGAAAAGAAAGCCCCCAAAAGAGCUCCGAGGAAGAGAGCUAGUAGGAACACUGGAAGAAAACUUGGUCGGCCAAGAAAGCAGACUACUAAGAACGAUGAGAGUGAAGAGGCGGCUCUGAUGGAGCAGACUGGGGACAGUGAAGCCCAGAAGGCACAGUCGGUCGUUGAAGCUACAGAGAAGACGGGUACACGGGAGUAUAGUGCCCCAGAGCUUACCAACACCAUCACUACUCCGAAGAAAGGACCUGCAGAUGAUAGUCCAGCCAGCAAUGGGCCUCCAUCCUCUGGCCGUAUCAAGCUCCUCGUCAAGUCAUCCCGAAAAGACCCAACCUCACCAAACCCCAACUCUAUCGAAGAUUCCAUCACUGUUGUACCUCUCAAUCAACCCACUACGCCUACUCGUACUCCUAUAGCACGAGUAUACCACGCUUCCUCCGCCAGUCACGCCAUAUACGCCGCGGUAGCAGUCAGCGCACGAUUUGCCCACACGGCAGACCGAAUUGCUCCACCUCCUGGCAAGGCCGUAGCACCAAACAAAUCAUAUGAGCUGGGAAAGCUACAUCAACUAUCUAAAACAUAUGAGAGCAUCAAAAUGGGCGAUGCACAGGAUGCUGACAGGGCGGAGUUUGCGGCUAAGGCAGAUAGGGCCGAAUAUGCUGAGAAGGCAGAUGAGGCUAACUAUGCCUUGAGAAUCGAGAGAACGGGCAAUCAAAAAGGGAAUUCAUAA